GCAGCCGAGCGGCCGUGGGCCCGGGCGGCGGGCGGAGACGCUGGCGCCCUCCCCGCUACGGCCCGUGUGAGGAGUCCAUAGAGGCUACUGUAUUAUUUUGAAGAAGAUGUCUAACAGUAACACUACUCAAGAGACCCUGGAAAUAAUGAAAGAAUCAGAAAAAAAACUGGUGGAAGAAUCGGUAAAUAAAAACAAGUUUAUAUCUAAGACUCCAAGUAAGGAAGAAACUGAGAAAGAGAGUGAAGAUACUGGUUUGCGUCAGGAGACACAGAGGCGGACAUCCAACCAUGGUCAUGCCAGGAAAAGAGCCAAGUCUAAUUCCAAGCUGAAGUUGGUGCGCAGCCUGGCAGUGUGUGAGGAGUCCUCUGCCCCAUUUGCUGAUGGGCCACUAGAAACCCAGGAUAUAAUUCAGUUGCACAUCAGCUGCCCCUCUGACAAGGAGGAAGAAAAAUCCACAAAGGAUGUCUCUGAAAAGGAAGACAAGGACAAAAACAAAGAAAAGGUCCCAAGGAAGAUGCUUUCUAGAGACUCCAGCCAAGAAUAUACAGACUCCACUGGAAUAGACCUACAUGAAUUUCUUGUAAAUACACUGAAAAAGAACCCAAGGGACAGAAUGAUGCUGCUAAAAUUAGAACAGGAGAUUCUGGAAUUUAUUAAUGACAACAAUAACCAGUUCAAGAAGUUCCCUCAGAUGACCUCAUAUCACCGGAUGCUAUUACACCGGGUAGCUGCCUAUUUUGGGAUGGACCACAAUGUUGAUCAAACUGGAAAAGCUGUCAUCAUCAACAAAACCAGUAACACAAGAAUCCCUGAACAGAGAUUCUCAGAACACAUAAAGGAUGAGAAGAAUACAGAAUUUCAACAGAGAUUCAUUCUCAAGAGAGAUGAUGCCAGUAUGGACCGAGAUGAUAACCAGACUGGCCAGAACGGAUAUCUAAAUGACAUCAGACUCUCCAAAGAAGCCUUUUCUUCUAGCUCUCACAAGAGAAGGCAGAUUUUUAGGGGGAACCGUGAGGGGCUGAGCCGAACCUCAAGCAGCCGCCAGAGCAGCACAGACAGCGAACUCAAAUCCCUGGAGCCACGGCCGUGGAGCAGCACAGACUCUGACGGCUCUGUCCGGAGCAUGCGGCCCCCUGUCACCAAAGCCAGCAGCUUCAGUGGCAUCUCUAUCCUCACCCGAGGGGACAGCAUCGGGAGCAGUAAAGGUGGCAGUGCAGGAAGGAUCUCCAGGCCAGGUAUGGCACUAGGUGCCCCAGAAGUGUGCAACCAGGUCACCUCAUCCCAGUCCGUCCGGGGCCUUCUCCCUUGUACUGGCCAGCAGCAGCCACAGCAGCCGCAGCUUCCUGCUCUCCCACCCACGCCUCAGCAACAGCCACCCUUGAAUAAUCACAUGAUCUCACAGGCAGAUGACCUCAGCAACCCCUUUGGACAAAUGAGCCUUAGUCGCCAAGGUUCUACUGAAGCAGCUGACCCAUCCUCAGCUCUGUUCCAGCCCCCACUUAUCUCCCAGCAUCCUCAGCAGACUAGCUUCAUCAUGGCUUCUACGGGACAGCCCCUCCCCACAUCCAACUAUUCCCCUUCUAGCCAUGCGCCACCUACUCAGCAAGUCCUGCCGCCCCAGGGCUAUAUGCAGCCCCCUCAACAGAUCCAGGUUUCUUACUAUCCCCCUGGACAGUAUCCUAACUCCAACCAGCAAUAUCGACCUCUCUCUCACCCGGUGGCCUACAGCCCCCAACGUGGUCAACAGCUGCCUCAGCCAUCCCAGCAGCCUGGUUUACAGCCCAUGAUGCCUAAUCAGCAGCAGGCGGCUUACCAAGGCAUGAUUGGGGUCCAGCAGCCACAGAACCAGGGCCUGCUCAGCAACCAGAGGAGCAGCAUGGGGGGCCAGAUGCAAGGCCUGGUGGUUCAGUACACUCCACUGCCUUCUUACCAAGUCCCAGUGGGUAAUGACUCACAAAAUGUGGUCCAACCGCCUUUCCAGCAACCCAUGCUGGUCCCUGCGAGCCAAUCUGUGCAAGGGGGCCUCCCAGCAGGGGGCGUACCAGUGUACUACAGCGUGAUCCCACCGACUCAGCAGAACGGUACGAGCCCUUCUGUGGGGUUUCUGCAACCUCCCGGCUCUGAGCAGUACCAGAUGCCUCAGUCUCCCUCUCCCUGCAGUCCACCACAGAUGCCACAGCAGUACUCAGGAGUGUCACCUUCUGGACCAGGUGUGGUGGUCAUGCAGCUGAAUGUCCCUAAUGGACCCCAGCCCCCCCAGAACCCAUCCAUGGUCCAGUGGAGUCAUUGUAAAUAUUACAGCAUGGACCAGCGUGGGCAGAAACCUGGAGACCUAUACAAUCCUGACAGUAGCCCCCAGGCCAACACUCAGAUGAGCAGCAGCCCCGUCACAUCUCCUACCCAGUCUCCAGCACCCUCUCCUGUCACCAGCCUCAGCAGUGUCUGCACAGGACUCAGUCCCCUUCCUGUCCUCACACAGUUCCCCAGGCCUGGGGGUCCAGCACAGGGUGAUGGGCGCUACUCCCUCUUGGGCCAGCCAUUACAGUACAAUCUGUCUCUCUGCCCUCCCUUGCUCCAUGGCCAGUCGACUUACACGGUACACCAGGGACAGAGUGGAUUGAAGCAUGGAAACCGGAGCAAGAGACAAGCACUCAAAUCUGCCUCCACUGACCUGGGGACAACAGAUGUCGUCCUGGGCCGGGUGCUGGAGGUGACAGAUCUCCCUGAGGGCAUCACUCGGACCGAGGCAGACAAACUCUUCACUCAGCUUGCCAUGUCUGGCGCCAAGAUCCAAUGGCUCAAGGAUGCUCAGGGGCUGCCUGGCGGGGGCGGGGGGGACAACGGUGGGACUGCUGAGAACGGCCGCCAUGCGGACCUCGCUGCCUUGUACACCAUCGUGGCUGUGUUUCCCAGCCCCCUGGCUGCCCAGAAUGCCUCUCUUCGCCUCAACAACUCUGUGAGUCGCUUCAAACUUCGAGUGGCCAAAAAGAACUAUGACCUGAGGAUCCUGGAGCGAGCCAGCUCCCAAUAAACGGAGGAGGGGAAGGGACCGGCACAGUAGGGGUGGGGGCAGGGUGGAGGGGGUCGAGGGAUCCUGACAGAUCACGGACAGAGGCAGAAAGGAAGGUGACAGACACUGAACUGGAGCCUGAGACAGUGGGGAUGAAGAUGGAACAGACACACUGGCACUGGACUCCUCCUCGCUCCCCUGCCAUGGGUCCCCUCUUUUUCCCCUGGUUGGCCCCCCUUGCUUCCCUCUCCUUCCCAUCCUCUUCUGUUAUUUUUUAUCUCUUCUCCCACCAUGAAAUUAAUUUUUUUCAUAUUUUUUUGGUCAGGUAGAAUUGGGAGGGUCCCACACUCCCCUCUUCGAUCUCCUUACCAUCCCAAGGUCCCUUUUCAUUUCUAGUCUUUAUGAAUAUAUUUAUAUGGACAGAAUUAAGAAAAGCAAAAUUGAUUUCCCCUUUCUCUCACUUCCCCCAUCUUGUCUCCCCAAACCCCAAAGAGUGAAAACUUGGGCCUCCCCCCACGUCCCAGAACACUUGUAUAUUGUUUGAGGUUCGUGCGGCAGUAACAGACAGUAUUUAAUUGCACAUACAGAUGUUUGCUGGGUAUAUUCACUGUAAAUUUUAUUUAAUCUGAUUUUUUGUUUGUUUGGGGGGUUACUUGGGGGGAGGUUGAUUUUUGUUUUUAAAUAUAAAAAAAAAAUCUGUCACUGGA